GUGAAAGAAGAAGCGUAGUGACAUGCCUCUUCCUCAGGACAAAAAACCCAGCUUAUUCUAACAAUAAACGAACGCAGAAGUUAGCAGUCAAUGGACCUGAAAUGUUCUGUACGUAGACAAAGCUUUUAGUGAAACGGCGGAAGUUACCGGACUAAUCAAAUAUAAAAUACAUAUUCCUUUAGUCAUGCAUCGUACGUACUAAUUUAGCUUUUUGUGUGUGGGCGCAAAGCCACCAUGAUGCGGAAUACGUUUUGGUUGUGAAAAUCUGUUAGAAACACAGUCGUGGCAUGAAAUCAUUAGUGGAUUAUGAUGAUUCUGACAGCGAGGAGCCCUUUCCUGGAAAGAGUGGCAUCGUGCUUGAGAGAGAAGAGGAAAGGCGGUGGCGCACAAGUUUUACAUCAAAUUCCGACCUCCACUACGACAGGGAUCAAACAGAAUGCUAUACACCACCCUCAUGUCGUCCUACAGAACUUGCCUCUUCGAACUGGCAUCCUCAAAGAACAUCUGAAUAUACCCAACAACCAAUAAACCCUCCUUUUCCAGCAGUACAAAAUUCAGUGGCUAGGAGUGCAGAAAGACCUCAGCCCACCUCAGACCUCAGUCUGAGACCGUACGUGUCAAAGAGACAGAAACUGACCACACGGGCUGCGUCAGCAGAGCUAAAUAAUGCAAGUUCAUUUAACUUAAAGGCCACAAACUUGCAUCUUCUCUCAGAGGUGUCUGAGAGGAUACGUCCGUUCCUAGGCAGGAAAGACAGAAGAACAGGGUUGCCUAGAUAUGUCCAGCACCACCUUCAGGCCCACCAGGGUCCAGUCAAUACAGUGCAGUGGUGCCCAGUGCCUCAUCUCAGCCAUCUGCUGCUCUCUGCCUCCAUGGACAAGACUUUCAAGGUUUGGGACGGUGCAGCCAGUGGGCGGUGCCUUCGCACUUGUUCUGUACACUCUGGGGCUGUUCGAGAUGUUUGUUGGCUGCCAUGUGGACGACGCCUCUUAUCUGGCUCCUUUGAUAACAUGGCUGCCAUGACAGAUGUGGAGACAGGUCAGGUUGUUGCCAAGGUGGAGAACCAAUUUAAGGUGACUUGUCUUGCCUUUCAACCAUUGGAUCCCAGUAUUUUCCUAUGUGGUGGGUUCAGUUCUGAGGUCAAAGCAUGGGAUUCCCGAUCCUGCAAGGUGGUCAGCGUAUAUAGGGCUGGGAUUCAGCAGACACUGGACAUCUUAUUUCUGAGUGAAGGGAAAGAAUUUGUGACCAGCAGUGACGCAGUCAGUCGAGACUCUGCUGAUCGGACCCUUAUUGCUUGGGACUUUAGGACUACUGCCAAAGUCUCCAACCAGAUAUUCCAUGAGAGAUACACCUGCCCUAGUUUGGCCCUGCACCCUCAGGAGGACUCCUUUGUUGCUCAAACCAAUGGAAACUACAUUGCAAUCUUUUCAGCCCAGAAGCCAUAUCACAUGAACAAGAGGAGGCGAUUUGAAGGACACAAGGUGGAAGGUUAUGCUGUGCGGUGUGAGAUGUCCUCAGAUGGAACCAUGCUAGCUUCGGGUUGUUCUACAGGCUCCAUGCACUUCUAUGAUUGUCAGAGUGCACACAGCUUGCUCACACUUCACGCUCAUCAGCAGGCCUGUGUGUGUGUGUCUUUGCACCCUGUACUACCUGCUGUGGUUGCCACAUGCGAUUGGGGAGGAGAGAUCAAAAUAUGGAACUAAGGAUAUCAUUUCCAUUUGUUGCAGAGGACAAUUCCAAGAUUGUAUUUCAAAGAUAAAUUUUUUUUAGCUGUCUUUGACUAUUUGUUAACAUAUAGAGUAUAUAUAAAGCAGUAUAAGCAUUUAAAGAUGUCAUGCAUCAAAGUAAACUUUAUUAACAUAAACCUCUCAAUGUACUUCUCAUUUACUUACAAAAAGGCAGCAGUAGAGUUGGUGCAAUAUAGAUUUAACGUAUAUAAUAUAUUUAUACAAACUUAUAAAAUGAUUAAUGAAGAGCAGUUUUAUUAUGCAAUGCAAAGUUAGCAUAUAGUGUUUGUGUGGUUUAUUCAUUUUUAAAACCAUUCUAGGUUUUGUCAGACUAUAGCCUACCUUGUCAGCGUAAUAUUGCUGUGUUAGAUCAGUUCAGUGUCUUGGUUAAAGGCACCAGUUGAAUUCAUAUUUCAGUAGAUGCAUCAUCUGAGUUAAUAUUUGUUAUUAACUGCUGUUAUUAUAAAAGAAAAAAAUUUUGUGAAUGUUGUUAUAGUAUUGUACACACCAUGUAUAUAUCUGUGUACAUUGUGUAAGUCCUAUGUGCAAACCUGAAUGUUAUUAUCAGGUAUGGAUUGGGCAUCACAUUAAAAUGAGUUCCUUAUUCAUAUUUAUUCAUUACAGGAACAUACAGCAAAAUUUAGAAACUUGCAUCAAGCAAACAACUGACCUGUUCUUUCAAGACUCUGAGGUAGAACAGAGAAACAACAUCCAACAUAACAAAGAGAACACCAGUCUUGUAGUAGGAAACAUAAAUAAUUUUAAAGAAAGUUAACAGUGACCAAGAACUUUUUAACCUAAAAGAAAAUUUUAACCUAAAAAUUAGAUUUCUCAUUAAAAAAAUCUUCUUUUUGGGCAUUUUUCACAUACUGAAUUAAUUUCCACCUAAAACCAUAUGUCAUACUAAAUAAUGAAUAAAAGGUAGUGAGGUCCCGUCUAAUUCCCAGUGACUGCUGGGAUAUGCUUCAGCACCUGCCGCAACCCAGGAGGAUAAGGGCCGUGUGUGUGAGUUUUUCUAAACGAUAUAUACAUAUACAUAUUGCCCUGCAUUAUUUCAAAAUCUAAAAUAUUUAAAAAGUUUUGUUUGCAUACAUGGUCAGCAAAUAUGUAAAUGCAGAGUAUGAAUUUCAAUCUUUCAAUGAAAGUCAAACCAUCCAUCUAACAAUUGCUAGAUGUUAAGAAGCACUGCUAACUAGGGGAAAGGAGCUGGUUAGUAUUAGCUUAGCUAGCAUGAUUACAGCUCAGCCCACCACAGAGCAUGUUCGAUUUUGGCUAACUAAAGCACUGGCAGAACAUAGCAUUUUGGCUAUGCUGACAAGCUUAGUUAGCAGGCUAAACGUGCCACACAACACAACACAGCACAGGGUUCCAGUUAACUGAUGCUAACAUGACACCCUUUUAAAGGAUAUCUGAGAUUCGAGUGACAGGUGUUAGAGUGAAAGUCAAAAUCAAACGUGUUCUGUGGCAUGUGUGUAUCUCAUAGCCAUUGCUGAUCCACUCAGUUGCAGAUGCUCAGUUUUUCUGAGAUUUUAGAGUUCAGACGUAGAAUAGAAAUUUGAUACAUUCGUCAUUUCAGUUGAGAAUUUUUUGCCUGAAUUUCACAGCGUCUGGCAAAGAUUCAUUUUGCCAGACAUACAUCAGUGUUAAUGUUAAGCAAAACACAACGGCAACCAGAGAGCUCCAAGUCUUUUUUCUGUGUUUUAUCACAAUGAUAAUGUAUUUGUAGACCAUCAGUUCAGUACAAACAUAUCAUUUAUAAAAUAAGGUUAGAAAACAUUUGAGCAUAGCUAUUAACUGUUUGGCAGAGGGAAUACAAGCAAACGUGCUGUGGCUUUUAUUUACCUAGCCCAGCUGUUUGCUGCAUUUAAAAACUUGCAUAUUAAACCUGCAAUAUUUCCUUCAGCGUAUUCCUACACUUAUUACAGAUGACAUGCCUUUUUGAUAGGGGUUCUGUAAAUGUAGUGUUGGCGGUAAAUGACAAAGAGACGAAGUAGAACAAACAGGAAAUUUAUUUGCACUGGUCCAGUGCAUGGCAAAUUGCUCCGGGAACUUUGAAAACAGGUGAACUGAAAAGGCAGAUAAAUGAAUCGUAAGAGAAAAGGAUUCAUUUCUUGGAAGAAUCAUUGUGCUCCAUGCAUACCUACCUUUCAAGACAUACUGAAAAAAUUAAGGCAAAAUACACAUUAUUUUGACAAAAAAAAAAA